AGCUCCAAAAAAGGUGAGGGUGAUUAGAGGUAAGACAUAAUGAUGCACAGGUAGCUAUACCUCUGGAAUCCCUGUAUGGCUUGCAGAGAAGACACCAAGGACUCCCAGAGCAGGGGCUGCCUCACUGGCCUGACCCAGUCACCUUGGACAAUGACCUCCAUCCUGUACAUGUGUCUCUUCAUUCUCUCAGUCCUCAGUUUUUGUGUCCCCGAGCCAGGCAACCGAGACCUCCAUCCCCAAGAACCCACUGUUGAGGAAGAAAAUCCUUCCCACCGGAGGUUGGCACCAAUGAAUGUUGACUUUGCAUUUCGCUUAUACAAGAACUUGGUGUCAAGAGCCCCGGAUAGAAAUGUUUUCAUCUCCCCAGUGAGCGUUUCCAUGUCCUUGGCCAUGCUGUCCCUUGGGGCCAGGUCAGCCACACACGCUCAGCUCUUGGAAAGUCUGGGAUUCAACCUCACGGAGACAUCAGAUUUGGAAAUCCACCAGGGCUUUCAGUAUCUCAUCCAUCUGUUCAACAAUUCAGAUACUGGCCUGGAAAUGAACAUGGGAAACGUCCUGUUUCUUGACUCGCAGGUAGAACUUCUGGAGACAUUCGUGACAAAAAUAAAACACUAUUAUAAUGUAGAAGUUUUUUCUGCGGACUUUCAAAAUUCAACCAGAGCCAAGAAACAGGUCAACGAUUUUGUCAAGAAUAAAACUUUGGGGAAAGUUGAUCAGCUAUUCAAGGACCUGAAUAGUGACACCAUGCUUAUUUUGAUCAGCUACAUUUUCUUUAAAGGAAGAUGGGCAAAACCUUUUGACCCCAGUGUCACCAAAAUGCAGAAGUUUUACAUGAAUGAGAACGUCAGCGUGGACGUGCUGAUGAUGUUCCAGUCGAGGGCCAAUAAUCACUUGUUUGACAAGGAGCUGUCCUGCACGGUGGUGCAGCUGGAGUACUCAGGGAACGCCACAGCCUUCUUCAUCCUGCCAGAUGAGGGGAAGAUGGACCAGGUCGUGGCUGCCCUGAGCCGAGACACAUUGAACAGGUGGUCACAGCUCCGCCAGGACAGAUAUGUACAUUUAUAUAUUCCAAAGUUCUCUGUUUCUGAGUCCUAUGAUCUUGAAGAUGUCCUAAGAGAAAUGGGGAUGAUGGACAUAUUCACCAGCCAAGCUAAUCUCUCCGGCAUCACUAAAGAAGCCUCAGUGAAACUAUCGGAAGUCCUCCAUAAGGCUGUGCUCAGCGUCGAUGAAGAAGGCAUCGAGGCAGCUGCAGGCCCUGGAUUAAACGUGGUAUUCGAAUCCUAUCACCCAGUCAUCAAGUUCGACAGGCCGUUCCUACUUAUUGUGUUUGAUCACUUCACCUGGAGCUCUCUCUUCCUGGCAAAAAUCAUGAACCCCAUCUGAGUGCGGGGACAUAAGGUGCUGAACCGGAGAGGCAGUGUUGUAUGUUGCACCAUGGAAAAUGGUUGGACUAGGAGUUGGGAGACCUGGUUUUCACUUUGAGCAUUUGCACUUCCUACCUUUACCUCAGCGUUUUUCUAUUUCUUCUUCUGUAAAAUGGAGAUAAUUGUUCCCUGACCCCACCUUCAUCCUCAACACUGGGAUUGUUUUGUGGCCCAAAUGAAACAAUGAAUGUAAAGGUACUCUGAAAAGUACAAA